UAUCGGCUCCGAGUUCGCCGGGACGUGAGAUAGAGUCGCAUGGCCGAGGUUGCAGGGGGUGGGGGUGGUCCCAGGCUUCCGAACCCCAGCCUUCGUGUCCGCGUCAGUGCCCGGUGACGGGCAGAGCUCCCGCCUUCUCUGGACGCCCUGGUUUCAGUGAUUCCAGUGCUGUCCACACCGUGCGCUCCGCCCCUAGGCGGAAGGACGUAGAGUGAGAGGGUCCUGCGGAUGGGAGUGAAGGGUUGGGACCUCCUGCAUCCCAUGGCCUCCUAGUGAGCAGACCUCCUUCCCUUCCCAAACACUCCCGAUGCCUCAUUUGCCUCUGGCCUCUUUCCGGCCACCGCUCUGGGGGCUGAGGCCCUCAUGGGGUCUCUCCAGGCCCCAGGCACUUUGUACACAGUCGGAGCCCCACAGCUCCUCAGUCUCUCGGAGGAACCGUGAAGCCAAACAGAAGCGCCUGCGGGAGAAGCAGACGGCCCUGGAGGCUGGGCUAGCUGAGAAGAGCAAGAUACCUGCAGUGCCUACUAAGGCCUGGAGUCACAAGGAGGUAGUAUUGUAUGAAAUCCCCACCGGGCCAGGUGAAAAGAAAGACGUUUCUGGGCCCCUGCCUCCUGCUUACAGUCCCCAAUAUGUUGAAGCUGCUUGGUACCAGUGGUGGGUGCGAGAGGGCUUCUUCAAACCAGAGUAUCAGGCAAGGCUGCCCCAAGCUACAGGAGAGACUUUUUCCAUGUGUAUCCCACCUCCCAAUGUCACCGGCUCCCUGCACAUUGGCCAUGCACUCACAGUGGCGAUUCAGGAUGCACUUGUGCGCUGGCACCGGAUGCGUGGGGAUCGAGUGCUGUGGAUCCCCGGGUCAGAUCACGCAGGAAUUGCUACACAGGCUGUGGUGGAGAAGCAGCUAUGGAAGGAGCAGAGAGUGCGGAGACACGAGCUGAGCCGGGAAGACUUCCUCAGGGCCGUGUGGCAGUGGAAACAUGAGAAAGGAGGGGAGAUCUAUGAGCAGCUGUGCGCUCUGGGCGCCUCUCUGGACUGGGAUCGAGAGUGUUUCACCAUGGAUGCUGGCUCCUCAGCAGCUGUGACAGAAGCUUUCGUGCGACUCUACGACUUGGGAUUGUUGUACCGGAACCGCCAGCUCGUCAACUGGUCAUGUACUUUGAGAUCGGCCAUCUCAGACAUUGAGGUGGAAAGCCGGCCUCUGCCUGGCCGCACCGUGCUGCAGCUGCCCGGCUGUCCGACCCCUGUGGCUUUUGGGCUCCUUGCUUCUGUUGCUUUCCCUGUGGAUGGAGAGCCCGACACAGAGAUUGUGGUGGGAACCACCAGGCCAGAGACCCUGCCUGGAGAUGUGGCUGUGGCCGUUCACCCAGACGACCCGAGAUACACGCAUUUACACGGGCGACAGCUCCGUCACCCUUUGACAGGACAGCUUCUCCCCCUCAUCACAGACACCACUGUUCAGCCACACGUGGGCACAGGGGCAGUGAAGGUGACUCCUGCUCACAGUCCAGUAGAUGCUGAGAUUGGGACCCGGCAUGGCCUGGCCCCACUGAGUGUCAUUGCAGAGGACGGGACCAUGACAUCCCUCUGUGGAGACUGGCUGCAGGGCCUUCACCGAUUUGUGGCCCGGGAAAAGAUCAUGUGCACACUGAGGGAGCAGGGCCUAUUUCGGGGCCUACAGGAGCACCCCAUGGUCCUGCCCAUCUGCAGCCGUUCUGGGGACGUGGUGGAGUACCUGCUGAAGAGCCAAUGGUUUGUCCGCUGCCAAGAAAUGGGGGACCGAGCUGCCAAGGCUGUGGAGUCGGGGGCUCUGGAGCUCUGGCCCUCAUUCCACCAGAAGAGCUGGCAACACUGGUUUGCCCACAUUGGGGACUGGUGUGUCUCCCGGCAGCUGUGGUGGGGCCAUCAGAUUCCAGCCUACCGGGUCGUCGGGGAGAAUGCAGAGUGUUUUCAGGAUGACAGGGAGGAAUGCUGGGUGGUUGGACGGUCAGAGGCUGAGGCCAGAGCGGUAGCAGCAAAACAGACAGGGAGACCAGAGGCAGAGCUGACCCUGGAGAGGGACCCUGACGUCUUGGACACUUGGUUCUCUUCGGCUCUUUUCCCCUUUUCUGCCCUGGGUUGGCCCCGAGAGACACCAGACCUUGCUCACUUCUACCCCCUCACCCUCUUGGAGACGGGUAGUGACCUGCUGAUGUUCUGGGUGGGCCGCAUGGUCAUGCUGGGGACCCAGCUCACUGGGCAGCUCCCCUUCAGCAAGGUGCUUCUUCACUCCAUGGUUCGGGACAGGCAGGGCCGGAAGAUGAGCAAGUCCCUGGGGAACGUGCUAGACCCACGGGACAUCAUUAGCGGGCAGGAGCUACAAGUGCUACAGGCCAAGCUGAGAGACGGUAACUUGGACCCCGGAGAGCUCGCCAUUGCAGCCGCAGCACAGAAAAAGGACUUUCCUUACGGGAUCCCUGAGUGUGGGACGGAUGCCCUGAGAUUUGCACUGUGCUCCCAUGGAAUCCUGGGGGGCGACCUGCACCUGUCUGUCUCUGAGGUCCUGAAUUACCGCCAUUUCUGCAACAAGCUCUGGAAUGCCCUGCGCUUUAUCCUCCAUGCCCUGGGGGAUAACUUUGUGCCCCAACCAGCAGAGGAGGUAACUCCCUCCUCUCCCAUGGACGCCUGGAUUCUAAGCCGCCUGGCCUUUGCGGCCGGGGAAUGUGAGAGAGGCUUCCUGAGUCGGGAGCUUUCGCUUGUCACCCACACCCUGUAUCAUUUCUGGCUCCACAAUCUCUGUGAUGUCUACCUGGAAGCGGUGAAGCCAGUGUUGUCGACCGUGCCCCGUCCCCCAGGACCCCCUCAGGUCCUGUUCUCCUGUGCAGACGUGGGUCUGCGCCUCCUCGCCCCGCUGAUGCCCUUCCUGGCAGAGGAGCUGUGGCAGAGGCUACCCUCGAGGCCAGGCGGCCCCCUUGCCCCCAGCAUCUGUGUGGCCCCCUACCCCAGCGCCCACAACCUGGAUUUCAGCUCAGGUGGUCCUGCUUGCCAGGCGAGCAUCCACCCGCUGAGCUGCUUCCCCACCCCCACUUUGCUAUGUAACCUUGGCUGUCCUGGACCCAUCCCACCUACCUCUGCCUCCCAAGAGUUCUGGCGCCAGCCGGAGCUGGAGCACUGCUUCUCCAGAGUCCAGGAGGUUGUACAGGCAUUGCGGGCGCUCCGAGCCACCUACCAGCUCACAAAAGCCCGACCCCAAGUGCUGCUGCAGUGCUUGGACCCAGGAGAACAAGGCCUAGUCCAGCCCUUUCUGGAGCCUCUGGGUGUCCUGAGCCACUGCGGGGCUGUAGGAUUCCUGCCCCCAGGGGCAGCAGCUCCCUCAGGGUGGGCCCUGGCCCCACUGAGUGACACCAUGAAGAUCUACAUGGAGCUGCAGGGCCUGGUGGACCCCCAGAGCCAGCUGCCCCGGCUAGCUGCCCGAAGGCAGAAGUUACAGAAGCAGCUUGAUGACCUGUUGAAGCGGACCGUGUCAGAGGGUCUUGCAGAGAGGCAGCAGAGGAUUUCCUCCCUCCAUCUGGAAUUGUCAAAGCUGGACCAGGCAGCCUCCCACCUACAGCAGCUGAUGGACGAGGCUCCCAGUGCCAGGGAGCUCUGAGCCCCACCCACCCCGGCCAGCUACCCACAGCCCGGCCAGCAGCCCACAGCCCGACCAGCCGCCCACAGCCCGGCCAGCAGUCCUCCUCAGGCCUGCCUGCUGUUGGUGCCAUGGGACCUCAGAGGUGACACGGACCACCUUUCUCAUCCUGUAGGAGGGAGCAGACUGGAAAGUCCCACAAUUAUUAUUAUUAUUAUUUUUUGUUUUGUUUUGUUUUUCAAGACAGGGUUUCUCUGUAUAGCCC